UUCUAGAUUCUUGUGACAAAUUUAUUCGAUUCAUUUUCAGAAUUGUGGUAAUUGACACCUAUUCUAGCGAUUGUAGUGAACUAGAACAGCAACAGUAGGAUGACUAGUUACAAUAACGAGCAGCUCACCCUCAAGGGCUACCUGAAAGGCCACACCAACUGGGUCACCCAGAUCUUCACGAACGCCUCCUUCCCUGACACCCUCUUCUCCUCAUCCAGGGACAAGUCGAUGAUCAUCUGGCAGCUGAACAAAGAGGACCCGAGUGGGUGUUAUGGCAAGCCCCAGAAGAGACUGACGGGCCACAACAACUUCAUCUCGGACGUGGCCAUCUCCUCCGACGGACAGUUCGCACUCACCUCCUCCUGGGACAAGAUGUUGCGACUGUGGGACCUCAACAUUGGCAAGACCACUAGGCGCUUCCAGGAGCAUACUGGCAAUGUGAUGAGUGUGGCAUUCUCUAUGGACAAUAGGCAGAUUGUGAGUGGAAGUAUGGACGGAUCCAUCAAGCUGUGGAACACUCUGGCGCAGUGCAAGUACACCAUCCAGGACGACAACCACACCGACUGGGUCUCCUGUGUGCGAUUCUCCCCUAACACCGGCACCCCUCUGAUCGUGUCAGCCGGAUGGGACAAAGUGGUGAAGGUGUGGAGUCUGUCCAACUGCAAGCUGAAGACAAACCACUACGGACACCGACAGUACCUCAACACAGUAACUGUCUCACCCGAUGGAUCACUCUGUGCUUCGGGAGGCAGAGACGGGCAGGGAAUGUUGUGGGACCUGAAUGAGGGUAGACAUCUGUACACCUUCCCAAACACUGAGCCCAUCCACUCCCUGGUAUUCAGUCCCAACCGUUACUGGCUCUGUGCAGCAUGUGGACCAUCCAUCAAGAUCUGGGAUUUGGAGAGCAAAAUGCAGAUUGAAGAUCUGAAGCCAGAGUCUGUCGGUGGACGAGCUCCGGACGUCACCUGUCUAGCGUGGAGCAGCGAUGGCUCCACCCUGUUUGCCGGAUACACCGACAACAACAUCAAAGUCUACCAGAUCACGCAGCCCUACAACGGCUAGAAGCUCCGAAGGUGCCCGCCCGUACCCAACACUGCAAUGCGAGAAAGGGUGCUUCAUCCAUCCCCAAUUCGCGGCUCAUUUGUUUAAAUUGAUGACCUGAAACUCGUUAAUUUCUAUUAUUUGAGCCUCAACGCUCUGCAUUUUGUUUUCAAUUUAAAUGCAUCAUUGGGAA